UUGACAUUUUAGCGUACUGACAAAUGUCAAAUUAUGUUUGCUCGUUAUGUUUGCAAUUUAUUUUAUUUUUGUGGAUCAAAAUAAGCCUUGUUGUCCACGGGAGUCAUUGCAGAUUCAACAUCUUUUCGACAUUUUAUCGCACAUACAGAUUUCGACUAAAAAACAAAACACCAACAUAUUUCGAAUAACAAACCGCUAGGAUAAUGUACAAUUUUCCACCCCACAGAGAACAAAAAACAAAAAGUUACUCAAUAUAUUAUUACGGAUUUUCUGAUAAUAUUGAUUGAUAAAGGCAGUUGCGUUAUUUUUGUGUGGAGUAUCGCUGCAUUUUAAAAAUCGUAUUUGAAAACAGUCAAUCGACGGAUAUAAAAUUAAAAUUGAUAAUGAUUGAAUUAAUUGUCUACAUGAUUAUUGUUGUUCUUGUGGUGAUUUGGUGUUACCACAAAUGGCAAAACAGACACUUUGAAAAAUUGGCUGUCAGAAUGCCAGGACCCCCAGCGUACCCGAUCAUAGGAACAGGAUAUCAAUUUAUAGGAUCAUCAGAACAAAUAAUGAGCAAAAUAAUUGAUAAUGCGAAAAAAUAUAAUCUAGAGCCUUUUAGAAUAUGGCUAGGACCAUAUUUUGCAGUUGUCAUCGCUAAACCAGAAGACUUACAAAUUGUUUUUAAUAGUUCAAAGGCUCUACAGAAAGACCGAAUGUACGAAUUUUUCAAGAAUGCCGUGGGUGAAGGUUUGUUUACUGCACCGGUUGAAAAAUGGCGGAUAAACCGACGCAUGAUCACUCCUACUUUUAAUCCCGAAAACUUCAGCCCAGAAAAUGUCGCUAAACGUCAUAAAUAUAGCUUCAUUGCUUUUAGUGGUGGUCCAAGGAGUUGCAUAGGAUCCAAAUAUGCCAUGUUGUCAAUGAAAGUUACUCUGUCAACGUUUUUACGAUAUUUUAGCGUACAUACAGACAUAAAAUUAACAGAUAUUAAGUUAAAAGUAGAUUUGUUGAUAAGAAGUGUACACGGUUAUCCUGUUACGAUUCGACCACGAGACAAAAGACCGACAUGUAAACGAAAUUAUAACCAUCAAGAAUAA